GGGUACACUUGCACAUUCAAUUGUUUUCUUCCCGAAAUGCCGUGAAAUAAUUAUUUCUUUCAAGCUUGCCAACGUCAACUGUCAAGCGAAAAUUUGUGAGUGAGUUGUCGGAAUAAUCUAUUUCGAUUCGUACACACGGGAAAUAAUUGUAAGAUUCCUAUAUGAGUGUACCUCUGUGACACUGUGCGAGACGCCCCGGUCAGAAAAUAAUGGAAUGAUGGCUGAACAAACAAGAGCUCCAACGCCGAGUGUCACUGUAGUUGAAAGUGAAGAUGAACAAGUUGCCCAGGUAUUCAAUGAUCCUCAUGUAAAAGGAAUUCAACUAGUCAAAGAAGUAACCAUUUCUGGAGGGAAGACUGUUAAAGUAGUUGGGCCACCAGUUGAAUAUAGUGAAGCUGAGAAUUGUGUGCGACUACCACCUCCCGCCCUUGGAGAGCAUACUGAUGAUGUUUUGAAAAAUAUAUUAGAUUAUUCUGAAGAAAAAAUUAAAGAGCUAAAGCAGAAAAAUGAAAAAUGUCCAGUUACAUUACAAAUUAUCCCUGACUUCUAUCAAUUCUUCAAGUUCCCUGAUUUUUUUUCUGUUUUUCAAUGUUUUACAGAAAGUGGCCACCCUGUUAAGUUACAUAAUUCAUUUUUUUAUUUAAAUAUUAGCCUAGUUCCUGACACUAUCCAGGAUGUACGAACUGUCAGGCUUACACUUCGAAAGCCCAAAACUAGAAAAGCAGUCCAGUGGACUACAGGAACUGUGGAUAAUGAACACUUAAACCGCAAAAAAUCAAAAUGCUGUUGCCAAUACACAAAACCUAAAGCAUUUGAUGAGAGUUCAUCUUCAUCAUCAUCAGAUGAAGAAUGUGAACAUUGUUUUGGUCAUGUAGAAAAAAAAAAGAAGAAACACAGUCAAGGUGAUACUCCUAAUGAAGAAUGUGAUCAUCAUCACCAUCAUGCUCCUGAGAGCCCUGAUCAAUCUAAUGAAGAGCAAGAUGGGGGUUGUACAAGCAGUUCACAAAAUGGUGGUGAGAAUUCCUAAUUAUAGUUGACCUAUUGGGAGUCCAUGAAUUUGUUUCAUCACAGUGCCAUGCACAAGUAAAUGGUCUUGAAUCUAUAUAAUAUUCUGAAAUGGCAUCUUUAUUUCUGGAUGUUAAGAAAAAUAUAUUUCACGAAUAAAGAAUAGAACUCAUUGAGGAACUUCUGUAACCAAAAUCCCUUUGCAGUUUACAUUUUUGUGAGUCAAUCAAGAUCUCUUAAUUACCUUAUACAUGAGAUAUUUCCUUGGAAAUGACACAAUACAAGAAUAAUGGCACAUUGCCCUACCUCUUGUAUUCUUGCAGUUCCCAGUUUCAAAAAUAAUACUGAUGCAUAAAAUACAAUCUUAAAGAAGUUCCUAAUCAACAUAUUGUCAAAUAUUUUAAGAGACAGACAAGCCAUGAAAUUGUUAAUAAUAGUGGACCUUCACAAAAGCUCUAUGGUGCCAUUGUUUUCUUCACACAAGAUUGCAAGUGGUUGUAUUAAUCGAGUAUUUUUCCUUUGUCUAGUAAGUUUUCAUCAGAGGCUGUUCAGCUUUUCCUGAUUACUACCAUUCAGAAACUAGACAAGUUUUAAAUGAUUAUUAUUCCAUAUAAAAACAGUGAAUAAUUUAUCCUAUCCAGUCAACUUCCUUUGCAGCAAUGAAGCAUGUCGCCAAAUAAAAAAAAUGUACCAAAAAAUUGUGCAUGUAUUUGCUUCCUAAUCCAAAACAAGUAAUCUUUCAUGGUUUACUAGUUCAUUGCUGUGUGUUUACGGAUCUGAAACAAAGCAUGUAACGGUACUGUCCACACUGUAAUGUUUAUGCCCAAGGGUCUUUUCAACACUCCAUGGAUUGCUAUAAUGCCAAUACAAUACAUACAAUAUUUUUAAGAAUUCUAUUUCUGAAAGUUAAGAUGCAAGAAAAUACCUCAUUAUAUGGCAAUUUUGGAAUGUUCCUGGUUAAUUGUAAUUGCCAUCAGACAUUCAAUUUCACUGUUACGUAUCACCUUUUUAAGGGAUAUUUUAUGAGCGUUUGAGAAGCAGUACUACUUGUAGUAGUAAUCAGAUGUAUAAGGCACAUCCACUAACAUCCUCAAAAUGUUAGUUUUUGAAGUUAAGAAACAUUCUAAAUAACUUUUGGUGUUAGAGGCAAGAAACCCAAAAGUACCAUUUCAUCAAUGCAAUUUACACUGUUAUUUUCCGUAUAACUUUUAAAUACACCAUUAUCUGUAGGUUCUGUAAGAAUUUCUGCAGGAUCUUCACAACUUUCAUUCAUUUUGUACAAACAAAUCAGUCCAACAAGUAUGCAGUUGUAAUGAGAUAAAAGUGGUUUUGCUAAUAUGAUGUUAUAUUCACAAAUGACGAAGACAAUACUUCAAGAAAAGUUAUAAAAUGUUUGAAUUCUCGUUUGAUUCAGCAACAAACUAGUAAACCAUAAAGUUUUGUAUGCACUAAGGGCGUUACUAGAUGAUUUUGCCCCUCAGGCAACUUUCAACCCUUCGAGUCAACCUCCACUGAAUGCCCUAUAUACGUAAAUAACUAUUUUGUCUCUUUUUAUUUUAGAACAGCCACCUAUGAAAACAUAAUGGCAAGGUGGAAAUAAUCCUGUGAAACAAAUGCUGCAUGACUAGGCACAUAAUGUAUAUGUAUACACAAGGCUUUUGAAUUAAUUUAAGCUGACGUGUAUAUGUAAUGUGUUCAACAAAUGUGUGAACUGCUGACCCCCUUCAGAACCUUCAGACUGAGAAUUUAUUUAUUGAGAGUAUUUGAAUGAGAAAAGUAGAUUGGUGGUACUAAGUAAAAAAAAGUGUAAUAAUUUGUAGAUAUUUACUUAAUGCUUAUUAUGUGUACUAAAUGUAAAUAUAAUGUAAUAAGUCACAUGUAAUAUGUCUCUUUAAAAAAUGUAUCAAAUAAUUUUUCUCGAAAUAUUAUUUCAUGGAAUUAAAUGUAGUUUUCAUUGGUUUUAAAUGUCACAGAAAAUUUUUAAAGAUUCUGGAAUUCCUAUAAUUAAAGUAAUGUGUCAUCUGUGUACCAAUAAUCAAUUUAGUUGUUCAAAUGUCCUCAUUCAAGUUUUUCUUCUCAUAGAGAACUGCAAAGAUGUAGUAUAGAAUAUUGAAAAUAAAACUUAUUCUAAC